AUGGAUUCUCUUACUCACGGCCAUCACAUGGCUUCUAAACGCGUACACAGCCAUCCGGAGGAGGAAGAUAAUUAUUCAGGAGCUGAUUGCGGCGUUGAUGGGCAUAUCACCUGCGGCGGUUCUAAGCGCCGUCAGGUAGAGGGCCAAAUGUUAGCAGACUUGCAUAAGGUUGAACCCGUCAGCGAGCCAACCGACAUGGCGACGGGCUCUCCAUCGAAUUUGGUGUCGUGCAGCAUAGGCGAUAUUCCUCAACUGCUGAGUCAUAGGCGGUGCCGUUCCGGCGACACCCAACGCACCGUCAGCAGCAACCCCUGCAACGACCCCUUCGAGGAAUACAGCCAGCUCGCUCGUUCAAUAUUCCGGCGCAUCUACUACGACUUAAGCCGCGGCAUCGAAGUCGGCGACAACGGCAUCAGCUACUUGUUCAAGAGCUGCAUCAACGACAUCAGCACUUCAACGUAUGGCAUGUACGGUGAAAUCAGGCCAGCAUGCCUUGCGAAGGUUUGUGAAGAGAUGGUGCGUUUCGGUAUGGAUGAGCGCAGUGUGGUGGUCGACCUGGGAAGCGGGCGAGGUGCCCCAAAUUUUUUGUUUGCGCACCAGGUGCGCGUGUUUGCAUCAAUCGGAAUUGAGUUGUGUCCCGUGAGCUACGGACUCUCAGUUCACAACCUGAUGCACUACCUGAAGUUGGAUGUCGCUAGCGGCAUUAGAGAGCUCACUUCUUUCGGUGGUGUUAAUGUCGGCGAUGUCUUAUCUCCGAUCUCUGAAGUGUUAGCGAAGAAGCUGUCGAGUGUCGAGCCGGAUGAUACGAUGCAGACCCCUCAGCGCAACCGCCUAACGAAAGAUGACAACGAUGACAGCGCCUCCAGUGGCGAACGCACUGCCUUGGGCGUGAAUGACAGCGUGGUGACCAACUAUGAGAGCAGUUCGACGUACGGUGACUCCACGUCGGCAACCCCAACCAAAGACACGGAAAGCUCCAAUGACGACGAAGAAGCAUUCUACCGCGCCAUGCAUCGCAUGUCAGUCACGCCAUCGAAGCUAUCUGUCGCAUUUUGUAAUGAGGACAUUUCUGCUUUCGACCAUUUCGAGGGUGCGUCCCACCUAUACUCGUUCGACAUCGCCAUGGAGAAGGCUCUCGUUAACAACAUUGUGCGCCAGUUUUCCAACACUCGCAGCGCUUGGUUAUUCGCAUCGUUCAAUGGCGACUUAAUUGAGCGUUUCGAGCUGAAAGAUUGCUUUUUGGCGAACCGGAUUCCGUGCCAGAUGUACAAGAGCGGCGAGCGCCGUUUCUGCUACAUAUAUGUGAAGAACAACUGGGAACAGCUGAAGAUGGAGCACGACGCUGCCAUUAGUGAGAUGUUCGGACUUCCACUUCCGACAAACGCCACACCACCUCAGCCCGAGGUUGCCACCACAGGUCGCAAGCUGCGGCCCAGGCGCUCGCGGACUCCUACACGCGGUGGUAAUGCGGCGUCAUCUGACUCGUCUGACACCCCUCUGAAGAGUGCCAAGUCCAUGUUGGUGUCGCAGUUUGACGAGCCUGUGGGUUUGAUCGAGGCCGUUAAAUUGGCAAAAAUGCCUCUGGAGGCUCAGCUCGGCUGGUAUGCGAAAAAAAUUGCGCGCCCCCAGGAAGUAGUGACCCGUUCAAAGGUCGUAAAUAGUACUGAGAGGGUCCGCAUGGGCCUAGCCUCCCAGCGCAGCAAGCUGCUGGAGAUGAUAGCAACCUCGACAGACCCGCGCAACACAGCAAAGUACGUGGGUAUGCUGAAGCGCCACCUGCAGCAGAAGUACAUGCCGACGCGCAGCUUUGCGCCGCCCUCGGCGUAG